AUGGCGAUUGUUAUCUCUAAGUGCUUACUUGAUUGGGGUUUUGACAAGGUGUUCACCGGUACUGUUGAUAAUGCAAGUUCAAAUGAUGUAACUGUGAAAGAAUUGUCUAAACGGUUAAGUAAUUGGGGAACUAACAUGAUGGAUGGUAAUCACCUUCAUGUAAGAUGUAUGGCUCAUAUAAUUAAUCUUAUUGUACAAGAUGGUCUGAAAGAAAUCGGUAAUUCUAUCAAACGUGUUAGACAAGCCAUGAAAUAUAUUAGACAAUCUCCUGCCGGGAUUAAGAAGUUUAAGGACUGUUGUGAAAUGUCAAACAUAACAUGUAAGAAAACCUUAUGUUUGGAUGUUUCUACAAGAUGGAAUUCUACUUACUUGAUGUUAUAUACUACACAAAUAUUUCAGCAUGCAUUUGAGAGGUAUAAGCUCGUUGAUCAUGGAUUAGUUAAUUAUCUUGUUACCCAUGUUUGUGAAGAUGGAAAUUGUGCAGGUUCGCUUGUGAGUGAUGAUUGGAAUAAUGUAAGGAACUUAGUUAAGUUUCUUGAAACUUUUUAUGAGCUUACUUUGAAAGUCUCGGGUUCACUUUAUGUCACCUCUAAUGUUCACUUUUCUGAAAUUUCCGAGCAUUCUUGUAUGUUGAAAGGGUUGGUAGCAAGUGAGGAUCUUGAGUUGCAAUCAAUGGCAGUGCGAAUAAAAGAAAAAUUUGACAAAUAUUGGGGUGAACCAGAAAAAAUGAAUAAAAUAAUUUUUAUUGCAUGUGUUUUGGAUCCUCGUAACAAGACUGGGUUCGUUGAAUUUGCACUUGAGGAGAUGUUUGGUAAAGAAAAAGGGGGAGAAAUUGGAAAAGAUGUGAUAAAGAAUAUGAAUACUCUAUAUAAAGAGUAUAUAAAGAAAAAUGCAAAUGGGUCUCAGCUUCCGUCACCUUCAUCUGACUCAUCUAAUACGUCCAGUGUGAGUAGUAUUCUUACUAAAGGAGUAUUGAGACUACAAUACAAGAAACGCUUAGAAGAGAAUGAAAGUUCAGGUGUAAAUCUGAGUUAG